AUGUCUUAUUACGAUAAUCAGCAGUGGCAAGCUCCUGGGGCACAGGCUUGGGACCAGCAGACGCCACCGGCUCGCUCUGGUGCCAGCUCGGCCGUUCCGCGCGAAGAAUCAGCGGCCUUCAUGACACAAUUAGAGGAGGUCGACCGUGCGAUCGAUAACCUCGCCAAGAGUGGGAAGAUGUUCGGCAUUCCUGGCCGUCGCGACUCGAUGCCAAUGGGUGGACCGCCAAGAGAUUUUCCGCAACAGUUUGAUCCACGCAUGGGAGCCAUCCCUCCUCGACACCACUCUGUCGGGAGUGAUUUCACUGAUGCCCGCUCCUUUUCCGGGUCGAAUCUUCAGAACUUUUAUGCCAGCCAGCGCCAUCAACCAUCGCGUGGCGCAAAUGAGGCCGAACAAGUGAUGCAGGCGAAGCGAAGGAUGGCAGCCCAACGUGAGAGAGAGCUCCGCAAUUAUCACCAAGAGCAGCAGUACAAUCGAAGCAUUGUAGCUGAAAUCUCUACUUUUGGUGGUAAACCCGAUCGGACCAUUAGCCCGGGCAGCGGUAUGAGCGAGGAAGAGCGCCGCGAGUUGAUUGCGAGCCAGCGAGAUCGUCUCUAUGGCCAAGGUCCUUACUCCGAGAGUGGCUUUGACGAGAACGGGACCCCACGACCAGGAACUCAGGGGUCGGGCUCCCAAUCCGCCACUGGCAUCCGUGGGCACUCGCCAUUAGCCUUUGACCACUUCAAUGCCCAGGCCAGCCAGGAGCAAAACGCCAACCAGCAGGCCCAAGAACCUCAGUCCGCAACACAGGGUCCUGGCCAACGCUCGCGUGCUAACAGCACCUCGUCGCCAUCUUCGAACCCAACCAGCAGCUUCAGCAUCUUCGAGUCGGCCGCACAACAAUCCAGCCGGACGUCGACUUCCUCGCCCGGCGGCUCUCCUCCUCGUCAGAAGGCGCCAACUGGGUCAGGCGUUGCACCCAUCGGGACCCGUCCCGCGCAGGCGCCCAAUCCAGCGCUGACCAAGCAGCGUUCGACCACUCCGCUGCCCUCCCCGCUGAGCUAUGGAUUUGCAGCCAACAACGAUGAGUCUGAGCAGAAAGAUAACAGAACGACAUCCGCGGCAAGCAACCCGAACUCCCAGAAUGCAUCUCAGCAGGAUGUCGCUCUAGGAUGGGGCUCGAAGAGUGGUGUCUGGGGAAAGAAUUCGUUGGGUGUACAGGCUAGCGUUUGGGGUUAG